GGGCAGAACAAUGAGAGGCAGUGAAAAUAAUGGGACAAUCAAGUUGAAACGGAAGCGGCGUUGCUAUAUAAGAGUCGAAACGUUGAUAUCGUCCAUUCUUCGGUUCCCCGUUUUCAACGAGGUCUGUUACCGUCGACUUCGUCUUGACCUUCUUCACGCUCCUUCCCCCUUCACGUUCAUCUCGAGGCGUCGUAUUUCUCUACAAGUCAGGCCUCAUUUCUGACUAGUUCUAUCUUUACAACCUCGCCACUCCUUCCGACCCCUCACUCCUUCCAAGAAACAGACAUGUUUUCUCUCCUCCCUGUCGUUGCUGUUGCCCUGUCCGUGGCCGGUGUAGUAAAUGGUCAUGGUUACGUGCACGAAAUCACCGUCGGUGGCAAGUCAUUCCCUGGCUUUGCUCCUUUCACCGAUCUCUACGAGUCUGGGGUCAGCAGGAUUGUCCGCCCCAUCCCGAAUGAUGGCCCCGUUACUAACGUUGGUGACGCCAGUCUGGCUUGCAACGUUGGUGGCGAGAAGCCCGCCAAACUCGUAGCGGAUGCUGCCGCAGGCAGCAAGGUUACCUUCAACUGGCAAAACUGGCCUAGUGAUCACUUGGGACCUGUAUCAACAUACAUGGCUUCUUGCAACGGUGAUUGCACCAAGUUCAAUCCCUCCGGUGCCAAAUGGUUCAAGAUUGACGCCGCCGGUUACGAUUCGAGCAGCAAGCAAUGGGCCUCCGCCAAGUUGGUUGCAGAUGGUGCCUCCUGGACGAGUACGAUUCCGUCUUCCCUAGCUGCUGGAGAUUAUCUCUUGCGUCACGAGAUCAUCGCUCUUCAUUCCGUCGGUCAACCUCAGUUCUACCCGAUGUGCGCUCAAGUCAAGGUUACCGGUGGUGGAAACAAAUCACCAUCUGGGUCUGAGCUCGUUUCGAUCCCAGGUCUCUACGACUCUGUUCAGUGGCCGGAUAUCUGGUCCGAUGGUUUCAACUCGUUCAAGACCCCUGGUCCAGCUGUCUUUAUCAGCACUGGCGGCUCCUCCAGCGAUGAUAAUGCUUCUUCCUCAGCUGCUGCUGCAUCCAGCUCCGCUGCUCCUUCCCCCAGCAGCACGAAAGCUUCCUCCUCACCCUCAUCCUCUCCCGACGCAGAGCCAUCAAGCACGCCCGCGACAUCCGCCGCUCCUGCAUCGUCCCCGCAAAGUUCAUCCACACGUGCUUCUUCUCCCUCUUCCACAGGCAGAUGCCGGACGAACACCAAACGCCACAGCCGACACGCUUCUUUCGCAAAGCGUCACCACUAAUCUGACGCUUCUGAUCUUUGUUUAUAUCUUGACCGGGGUUUUGAGAUCGAGAUCUGCUUCGGGAAGCACUGGUGUAUUAUGAUCUCUUUGUUUGGGUAGAUCCCAUAACCGUCUGCAAGACCCCGCUGGGUUUUCAUUGCUCUCCGAGGACUGAGUCCUCGCUAACGUGCACUUGCUUUUAUGUAACUUAUCACGAAGCUAUAGCUAUGUCAUCUCACGAUGUCUCGGAAUAUACGCUCUUUGUCCACUCUUUCUGC